GGGAAAAUUUGCCUCUGUUGAAUGUCAUCUGAAGAGCAAAAAGUGAGAGAAUUCGGUGUUGUGGCUGAAGGAACUACCUUAACAUGAAAGGGUACUUCAACAGCAACACCACCUUCACCUCUUUCAAAAAUAACCUCUCCCCAACUUUACCCACAUCCCCUUCCUCCUAUACUUCUUCAAACUUCUCCCCUUCCUUCUUAAGCCAAAGACAAAACCUUAAAGUUCAGAAUUUCAAACCCCAUGUCGUUAUAUGCACUUCUCUGUCCAGUCAACAGGCUAGCAGUGCUUCUACAGCUCAAGCUGAGGAGCAAGAGGUUGAAAUUGCAAAUGGUUACACCAUGACUCAAUUUUGUGACAAAAUCAUAGAUCUCUUUUUGAAUGAGAAAACCAAAUCAAAAGAAUGGAGGGGGUACUUGAUAUUCAGAGAGGAAUGGAAAAAAUACAAGGAUAGAUUCUACAGUAGGUGCCAAAGAAGGGCCGAGUUGGAGAAUGACCCAAUUAUGAAGGAAAAAUUUAUUUCAUUGCAAAGAAAAGUGAAGAAGAUUGAUGAUGAAAUGGAAGUACACUAUGCACUCCUCAAGGAAAUACAAGAUAGCCCAACAGACAUUAAUGCCAUAGUUGCACGAAGGCGUAGAGAUUUUACAGGAGAAUUCUUCCACUACCUCUCUCUUAUUUCAGAAACAUAUGACAGCUUGGAAGACCGUGAUGGGAUUUCCAGGCUGGGAAGUAGAUGUUUGUCAGCUGUCAGUGCAUAUGAUAAUACUCUAGAGGUUGUGGACACGUUAGAUGCUGCACAGGCCAAAUUUGAUGAUAUCCUCAAUUCUCCUUCUAUUGAUGUUGCUUGUCAGAAGAUCAAAAGUCUUGCAAAGGCAAAGGAACUUGAUUCUUCAUUGAUAUUGUUGAUAAGCAGUGCUUGGGCUAAAGCAAAAGAAUCUACAACGAUGAAGAAUGAGGUGAAAGAUAUAAUGUAUCAAUUGUACAAGGCCACAAAGAGCAGCCUAAGGAGUAUCACUCCAAAAGAAAUAAAGCUACUGAAGCAUUUGUUAAACAUCAUAGAUCCUGAGGAGCGAUUCUCUGCAUUGGCAACAGCUUUCUCCCCUGGUGAUGAACAUGAAGCCAAAGACCCUUAUGCUCAAUACACCACCCCACAGGAGCUGCACAAGUGGAUUAAGAUCAUGCUUGAUGCGUAUCAUCUGAACAAGGAAGAAACAGAUUUGAGAGAAGCCAGGCAAAUGACUGACCCUAUUGUAAUUCAGAGGUUGUUUAUCCUGAAAGAUACUAUUGAACAAGAAUAUAUGGCAAAAGGUACAACAGAGAAGUCUGAGACGAAAGAUGACUCUAAACCAGUAGAGUUUUGAGUUGCUUCUCAUGAACAUCCUUUCUUACCAAUGUGUUUCUUGUUCCGUGCCUUUUUUGGAUCAAGAGUAUGAAGGGUUGAAGUGGAGAAAAAAAGUGAAGUUACUACCCUUUCAAAGUUUUGUAAUACAUUCCAGUUAGAUGUUAACAUAUUUCUUCUGAUUUUCAUUGCAAAGUUGAGGAUUGUACUUCUAGGUGUAGAUUAUGAAGCAUGUUGCAUGAGAAAGUUAGAUGAUGAUAAAUCAUUUUGAGUAGAGGCUGGCACAUAAACAUAUCAAUCCAAUUUGAACCGCUCAACCGAAAGAAAAUCUAAAUUUGUUUAUAUUGAA